GGAAGGGGCUUGCCCGGCUACGCUCCGUCGCAGCACCGCCCCCUUGUGGGACGCUAUAAACAGCUGCAAGGGAAACCCGGCUGGCUUCUGCGGGGCGCGCGCUUGUCGCACUUGUGGCGGAGUUGGUGGAGAGCCCUGGGAGAAGGAGCUUCGGAAGCAGCUGGUGGCCGCGCGCCCAGACUCAAAAUGCCAAACUGGGGAGGUGGCAACAAGUGUGGGGCCUGUGGCAGAACAGUGUACCAUGCAGAAGAAGUACAAUGUGAUGGGAGAAGCUUCCACAGAUGCUGCUUUCUUUGUAUGGUCUGCCGGAAAAACUUAGACAGCACAACAGUAGCCAUCCAUGACGAAGAGGUCUACUGCAAAUCAUGCUAUGGAAAGAAGUAUGGUCCAAAAGGCUAUGGCUAUGGCCAAGGAGCAGGCACUCUUAAUAUGGACAGAGGGGAGAGGCUGGGCAUCAAGCAUGACAAUGCACCUUCUCACCGACCUACAACAAGUCCAAAUACUUCAAAGUUUGCCCAAAAAUUUGGAGGAGCAGAGAAAUGUUCCAGGUGUGGUGAUUCUGUGUAUGCAGCCGAGAAAGUAAUAGGAGCUGGAAAGCCUUGGCACAAAAACUGCUUUCGCUGUGCCAAGUGUGGGAAAAGUCUUGAAUCAACAACUCUGACAGAGAAGGACGGUGAAAUCUAUUGCAAAGGUUGUUAUGCGAAGAACUUUGGCCCCAAAGGAUUUGGCUACGGGCAGGGAGCUGGUGCUCUGGUUCACGCUCAAUGAUUCGUUAGUGCCAUUGCACUGAAAUGGUUCUGUAGUUACAACUUAAAUGCCACUAAUUACUGUGAAACUGAUAACUAGUGUCCUAUGCCGUUGCUUGUCUUAAAGUAUUGCAUUUUCUCAAGCCUUAAAAGCACACUUUUUACAUGCACUGUCAAUUGGGUUCAGUAAAUCUUUUUGCUUAGAAGAUUAGUGUGUCAAAAGGCCACCUGGAGAAAAUUGUUCUGUUUCUACUGCCUACAGAUCUGCAUCUAUAUAUUGCUUUGCCUGCAACAUUUGAAGCAUGGUAUGAGUUGCUUGCUGCCUAAACAAGCACUUCAUCAGGUAAUGGGAAGACUGGGAGUAAAAAACAUGUUAAUCCAUUAUAGCCAAGUCAUUGUAGAUUUGCAGUAGCCCUGCUCAGGCAUUAACCUUCCCAAUUAUGCUCAUUGGUCUUGCCUACUCCACGUUGGAGAAGUAACUUCUAAAGCAGGAACCCGCUCUACUCAUGGAGUCUAUGAUUUAGAAUCCUGGUGUUACUCCACUAAGUAUGGCAGGUUCCCUUCUAGGGAAUGAUGGGAUAAUGGCAGAGUUAAGGCCAAUAAGCUGACAACCACCCAUCCCUUGCUCUGCCCCUUUUGCAGAUUUAUAGGGGAUGAACACCUGAACAGGGCUAGUGCAAAUGGCCAUCAUAGCACUAUGCUAAUUGCCCAUCUCAGUAGUUUCCCAGACAACAGAUGUGAGGUACCUUGAUGUCAGAAAGGCAGUAACUUCUAAAAAUGCAACUGAGGUAUCUUCUGCAGUAGAUCUCUGCUCUGGCUAUUCUUAAUUCAUGGUAUCCUAAAGAGAGACUUGCGGGGGGGGGGGAACCUUGGCUUGACUCACAAGGAAGUUCCCUUCCCUACUCCCAUUUCAGCUGCACAUGCUGUUUGGGAAGAGGUUGGAUGGAGCACAGGGGGAACUCUAUGAACAAGUUUACUAUAAGAUCCAAGUCUAUGAUAUAUACUGCAGUUAUGAGAACAUUAAGAGUCUGGAGUAACUUCUAGAAACCCUCAAAUCUUGUUAUUACUCUUUGAAUACUGAUGUUCUGAAUUGCUUGUAGAGUUAGCCCUACAACCAUUGCUGCUCUAUCCAUAAUUGGCCAGGGUUAUGACAUUUUGGAAUAUACAUAGUAACAAAAAUGUCAUUUGUGAUUCAGACUUCUGCAAAGGGACCAGUACUUCCAACCAAUUACUAGGGUAUCUUCAAGAUUGUGGAUGAGGCAGUUCACCAAGGCACUAAUUUCUGGGGACGGGGGAAGAAGCAGACAGGACAGUAACUAGAAAGCGUAGGGAAACUAAGGUUUCACUUGUUAAACAGUUUAUUCUUGUGUUAUAGACAAAAACAAUUUUUGUCAGAUUUUAUUCAUUUGGUAACUUGUUCCCAUAUCCCUACUCCAUAGAAGACUUCACUACAGAGAUUUUAGACCUCUAAGUAUAUAUGAACUAUGGGCUUUGCUAUUUUUGCAGUAUGAACUGGGAUAAUGGACAUCUUAUUUCAAGCCAAGAUGCUAUUUUGCUUUUGUUAAUCAUGCGAGUUUGCUUGGUAUGCUUAUGUACAUGUGGGUCAUUUUGAAAUUUUUGAUGCAAGGACAAAAGUAUGCAUGUCUCAACAAUAAAUGGUUAGGCUGCCAAAGAAAUGACUUCA